CGAAAAUAAUAGAUAUGAUUAAUUUAUGUAAAAUAUGGAAUAAAAUUAAAAAGGUAAUUUAUAAGGAUGAUGAAAAUAUAUUAAACAGUGGAAGCAACUUAAAUAUAAAAGAAAAUACAAAAUUUAAUUAUAAACUAAAUGGGGAAAAUACUGGUAUUAAUGAUAACCAACAAUAUAUUGAUGAAUUAAAGGAUAAUAUACAUUCAAAAAAUAUUUAUAAUUGGAUAGAAGGUUAUAAAUCAUUGGUUAAAAUGUUCGGCUUAUCAAAUAAUUUUUCCAUAAACGGAGUAAAAUAUUCUGAUUGGAAAUUAAUACCUAUAUCAUUCAUUGCAUACCAUAAAAAAAAGUUUCGAGUUCAAGAAAUGUUUAAAACAGUUAUUAGAUCAAAAAGUGAUGAUAAUAAGAAUAAUAUAGGUUUAUUCAUAAAAAAAAUACCAGUAGAUAUAUGGCUAAAGCAAUUUGAAAUGAUGGAACUAUAUAAUGGUGAAUAUUUAGUCAAUGCAGAAAAUUAUGUUAUGGAAGCUUCUAUAUUAGCUUUUCUAAAUGAAUAUUAUCAAGGAUUAAUAGCACCUAAAUUAUAUAAAAUAUUAUAUGAAGAAAAUUAUGAGGAAAAUAAUAAAGAAAAUAUUUUUCCACCGUAUAUGUUUAAUGAAAAGAAAGAACUUAAUAUUAAUAAUUUGCAUGAAUUUAAAAAAUUUUUAAAAGAAAGAAUAAAUAAGAAUGUAAAUGGAUAUAUUGUAAUUGUAUCUGAAUUAUAUGGUCAAAAUGUUUUUGAAUAUAUAGAGAAAAGACAAAAGCAAUAUAAUAAUAUAUUAAGUGAUAAGGAAAAAAAGAAAAUUCUCUAUGAAUGCUUAAAAUUAUUAAUAAAAUUACACAAUGUAGGAAUAGCUCAUCUUGAUAUAUCCCUAGAAAAUAUUUUAAUGACAGAAAAUUAUAAAUUUCUUUUAUGUGAUUUUUGUAAAAGUACACCUAUAUAUACAACAACGUUAAGACAUGUAAAAGAAAUGAAUCAUAUAUGUUUAUUUGAAUCAUGUGUACCAAAAAUUGGAAAAAUUUCAUAUGCACCUCCUGAAUGUGUACAACUUCGUAAAAUAUAUGAGAAAAUGGAUAUAAAAAACCCUUUGUCUGAUUUAAAUUAUAUUAAAGAUAUUGAAGAAAGAAGGAAAUAUUAUUUUGACGUUACAAGUGCUGAUAUAUAUAUGCUAGGAGUUCUUUUUCUUAGGAUU